AUGUCGUGCCAGAACACUGGGCGGCUUGCGUGCCCGUGUGCCACGAGCUACCUCGGCUUUCGCGUCGCGAAUGCCGACAGCAUCGGCCGACUCAACGUCAGCGUGGCCGACUCGGUCUGCGCCAGUGGCUGCGACUAUGGAAUUGAGUACGGCUUGAACCUGUGCGCGGCGCACGACUCGGGGAUGCCGCCCUUCUGCAACGUGCCAGGAGCCCCAGCCUGGUGCUCCUCGCCCUGGUGCUAUGUCAACGCCAGCCACUGCGCUCUCGAUCAUGCAGAGUCCUCCUACCUCGAGGGCGAGGGAGGGCUGCACUACAGCUAUGCGACGUGCUCGGCCCCUGACUCAUUCACGGACUGGUACUUGGCGCGGACGGGGACGCUGCAGCUCUGCUCGGUGUUCGCCGAGGCGGACGGCGGUGGCCCAUGCGGGACGGCACGCACGCACCUACAGAUCGAGGCGAUGGUGGGUGCGAUCAAUGAGCUCAACGGCGGCGCGGGCUUCUCGCUCCGCUCGGGGCUCAUCACCCGCACCUACCGCUUCAACUACACGUACCACACCUACCCUGCCGGCAGCUGGGCGACGCACGGCCGCAACUUGUCGCGCGCGACCUUUGGGAGCGAUCGGUGCGACGUCGUCGUUGGCAUGACGAGCGGCUGCCCCGAUGACGAGAUUGCGGCGCAGGCGUUAGUAGCGAACGAGACGCGGCGCAUCUACGUGACGGGACGCGACCCGCGCGUCCUCACCGCCGGCGGCGCAGAGCAGCCUUAUCUAUUCUCGACUUACGUUGAUUCGGACCAUUCCGCCAGGGCUGCGCUCGAGCGGUACCAGAAGCUGGGUGCGUCGUCGUCCGCGCUGCUGUAUGAGGACAACGGUGACCCGUUCUACGUCGGCUUGGGUCGGCAGGCCAUCGAAGACGCGCGCGCUCUAGCCUACGACGUGCGGUAUAACGCUAGUCUCCGCCGGCGGGCGGACGGCGCCGUGGACUACGCAGCGCUCACCGCGCACCUCACCGCGGCGCACGGCACCGCACCGGACGUGCUCGUGCUGACAGUGCCAGAGCCCCUGUUCCGUUUCGCGCUGGAGCGGCUCAAGUCGUGGCGCCCGCCGGACGCGCCGAAUGCCCACGUGUACUCGGGCGUUUGGUGGUCAGGCGUUGCGUUGGGUAACGAGACUUGCGCCGGGCUGGCGGAGGAGUGCGAGCACGUGACUGGUGCGGCGCAGAUGGCGUCUGACGAGGCGCUCCGUGGCUAUGCCGACGCCCUUCUCGAGGACACAGCCUACGCAACCUACGAGCAGCUGCGCGCUGCGCGCAUGCCCGCCAGCAGUAGUGGCGGCGGUGGCGACGGCGGCCAGCUCGUCGAGCAACCGGACGCGGCGGCUAUCCCGUCGCUCCUCGCACAAGCGCUGAUAAAACUUUUCCGAUUCCGCGACAUGCCGAAACCUGACAAGCCGCUGAGCGACCCCCUCGACUACGAGCUUCUCCGCUCCUACCUCCGCUCCGGCGAGCGCAUCGCCAUCACCUACAUCGGUCCGAUCAGCUUCGACGCACGCGGCCAGAAUGUGGGCCGGCCGCCCACUUUGCUGCAGGUGAGCGGCGGCCACGCGCAGCCUGUGCUGUCGCAGUCGCCGGCGCAGUCGGCGGUGUCCGGCGCACAGCUCGACUACCCGGCGCCGGCGGCGGAGUGCCCCGCCGACUCCCACCGUCUCGACUACGACGGUUCGUGCCUCCUAUGCUCCGCAAGCACGUGCGAGGAAUCGGCUCCACCGGCAAUCUGGUUGAUUUCCAUCGCCACCGGCGUCGGUGGCGCUGGACUCCUCCUCGUCCUCGUCGGCUUUUGCUUUCUGCGCCGGCGGCUGCGACGCCUGGCGGUGCGCUUUGGCCUCUCGCCAUAUCGCCUGGCAAAGCUUGUCGGCUGGCGCUACCUGCUACCAGCAGUGUUCCAGCGUUGGUGGCUCCGUCGGCACCACUUGGACGCGCAUACACAGUUGCGCAAGGCGGCCAAGGAGGCGGAGAGGCCGGACGAGCAGUUCAGAGCCGAGCUGCGCGGCGCGCGAGCGUUGCGCCAGAGCUUCAAGCUGGCACAAACACUGUCCAUUCACGCUUCGCCAGUGCCCGCCGAUCUCGGAGCUUUCCCCCGCCAGGCGCGCACGCAGUUUCUGCUCGCGGUGCGCGAGGCGCACCUCACCGCCAUGGCGGCGGAGUCGUCCGGCAAGUCUCACACGAGCAUGGCCACGCCGCCAGGCCCACGCCGUGUCAUCGAGGCAGCGAGGGCGGCAGCAGGCAUGGCGCGCGACAGUGUCGGCAAGGCCUCCGGGCUCUCGAAGCGACGGAGCUGCGGUUCGACCCUUCCAGCCGUCUCGGGUGGAGUGUGUGGCCCGGGUGGGGGGGACGAGGGCGCGACGCUCAACCACGAGCAGUUUGCAUUGCUCCUUUUGCGCUCCGAGAACCGUGCCGCUUGCCCGCGCUUGCUCGGCGAAGAGCACGACGCCUCGCGGCCGCUCUCGCACUACUGGAUCGCUGCAUCGCACAACACUUACAUCACCGAGGCGGAAGCACUUCGGCAGUACCGCAGUCCCAUCUCUGCGAUAGGCCACCAGCUCACUUCGGAGGCGGACGCGGGCAUGUACUCCCGCUUGUUGCUCUGCGGCUGCCGCAGCCUCGAGGUGGACAUCGUCGACGGGAUGGACGGUCCCGUGGUGACGCACCACUACACCCUCGUGACGCGCAUCCAGCUGAAGAAGGUUCUGCACGCGAUCGCCGACGCAGCCUUCAUCACGUCCGACUUGCCCGUCCACCUCUCGCUCGACGUGCGCGCGUCACCCAAGCAACAGGCGCGGGCAGCGGAGUUGAUUGUGGAGGUGCUCGGCUCGGCGCUGGUGCUGCCCGAGGAGCGGCUGGCGGACGGCGCGCCUCUUGCGGCCGCUUGCCCGCACCUGCUGCGCCGGCGCAUCCUCUGCAAGGGGAAGACGGUCGCGGGCCGCGAGCUCGCCGCGCGCAUCUGUGGCGAUUGCCGACGCAGCGAGGAUCGCUUCACUGUUAGCAGUGCGCAAGAGUCGCGGCGAACCGUUUCCACGUUGACGACGACGUUGCGAGAGAGCGACAACGAGGACGGUUGGGCGCUACCUCGCGCGUCGGAGGAGCGUGAUUCGCGGACUUCGUUCCCCAGCGGCAGCACGGCGCGGGUCUCGUUCCCCAGCGGCAUCCUCGGGGAGAGCUCGGCGGACCCCACUCAGAGCUUCCGUCCCUCUACGCUCAGCUCUGGCUCCGGACGCCUCGGCUCCGAGACGUCGACGGCGGCGGCACUGGGCAGGAUCGUCAUUCGAACGCACGCGAUGGCGCUGCAGCGAGUUGAGGCGGCGCACGCGCUCGUGCGGGAGGCUUUCUUCCUCGAGAGGCCGCGGGAGGGGCGCGACAGCGGCGAGCUGCUCACGGUCACCUCCGCAUCCGAGCUCCACUUCUCGCACGCCGCCGAGGCCAAGCUUUCCGACGCGCUCGGCGUCAUUAUGCCACCGCCUGGGCGCAAGCAGAGCACCUCCCAUCGCAGCCGGAGCAGCAUCAGCCCGGGCCGGCUCUUCGGGCGCAAGGCGCCGCGCAGCACCACGAGCGGGUCGUCCGACCUUCCUUCCUCGGAUGGGUCGCAGCGACUGGCCAGGGCCAAGCGGCUGAGUGAGGAGGAGUGGCGGGUGGCGAUGCAGGAGCGCACCGUGCGCCGGAUCAUGGCGGCGCUCAACCUGCAGACCAACGAUCUGCCUUCGCAGCUGCACCACGCCCUCUUCGAGCUCAACGGCGGCCGCGGGUACGUCCUCAAGCCCGCCGAGAUGCUCGGCGAGCCCGGCGGCGGCGUGGCGCCGAAUUGGCCGCCUCCGCGUGUGGUGCUGCACGUGGCGACACUCCGCCCGAUCUCGCUCUUUGGCCUCCCGCCCCGCGGCAUCGACCGGCCGGACGUCUUUGGCGGCGGCGGGAGUCUCCACACCCACGUCCCGUCCCUGUCGGUGGCGGUCGGCAAGCGGCGCAUGAGGGCACCGCGCGGGGAGGAUGAGCUGCCGUCGCUCGCCGUCGAGCUGCACGCCAUCGGCGGCUUCUCGUGCGUGAGCCUCACGCUGCCGCCCGCCACGGCGCGCACGCGCCAGCUGGUGAGCGCCAAGGGCGGCGGCGGAGGCGAGGCGGUGCGCUACGGCGGCGAGGUGCAUUGCGUGGCAGCGGAGCGGCAGCAGACGGUCCUGCGCGUGGCGGUGCUGGACGAGGAGGAGGAGGCGGCGUACGAGACAUGCGUGCUCGGCGUGCUGCGGGAAGGGUACCGCGUGCUCCACAUGCGCUCGACGCGAGGCACGCGGAUCCGCAACUGCUUUUUGCUCUGCCACAUCUCCUUCACCACGCAGGUCAACGCGUGGGUGGGCGAGAGCGAGAUGAUGGCGUACGUGCGCUCCAAGGAGAAGGAGAUGGAGGAGAAGGUGGAUGAGGCAGCGGCGGAGGUCGCCAAGCUGAAGACGGGGAAGGUUGUGUCCCACCUCAAGGCUAUGGUCGGCAGCCACGGGGCGUUCGAGUCCGCGACUCGCGGCGGUGAACAGCUCGAGCAGCUCGCCGCUGCCAACAAGGAAACGUCGGGAUGGACGGAGGAGAGCGUCGAGCAGAGCGUCUGA